AUGAGAUUCAUUCAGGUGCCUACCUGCAUAGCCAUCGUAGCAGCACCGUACUGGAUUCUGUACAACAAAACCGCCCUGAAGCAUAAUUUCAACAAUGGAGGUCUGGCGCUCCGGGCCAUUGGCUACUACAUUCUGGCGAACAGCGUCAAGGUACUAGCCAUGGCUACAGGAAUACCAUCGUUGCUUGGUCAUUACCUUCUCGGCGAGGAAAUAGUAAUGGCCAUUCUCGAUUGUGCUCUGUGCUUAGGCAUAGUUAUGGCACUCAGGGGAAAGACUAACGCAAACGCCAACGUCAGCAGCAUCGUCCUGGGAAUCGGACUCGGCUGGUCGCUGCCAGAAAACAUUGGCAGGAUGCUGUUCGAAACCGUGGCCACUAUAAGGGACAUGGACCACACGGAUGGGCUCCUCUACGCAGCGCUGCAGUCGAACUUCACCGUGCUGACGUCGAUUAUGUUCACAGCCAUUUUGUUCCUCUGGCAACGAGACAAGGGUAACCGAUACCUUUAUUUGGCCACGAUGAGCAUCGCAAUGAUAAUCUGCACAAUAACGUCAUCGUUCAAUACCGUCGAAAACGGCCAGGUCUCUACUAAAAACUUUGUCUUCCUGGCAGCGCAGGCGGGAGCGGCACUGCUGCUGGGCUUGGCGGUGAGAAUAGCGUUCAACAGGCAGAAUAAAAAGCAACACCCUGAAUGA